CCCAAUACAAUAUCGAGUUCUGUUCGUGGGCUACUACUGCUCAAGUGCUGAGGUAUUUCUCUAGGGUUAGUUUUUUUCCCAAUCGCGUGGGUGUCGAUCUUUUCUUCUUCCUCUCUCUUCCAGUUUUCUUGAAUCUGUGACUGGACAGGGAUGGGUGAGACUGGUAAACGGUCUAGUUUCCAGAGGGAUAAUAGGGAUUAUGAUCGAGAUGGAAGAUGCCAAAACCGGAGGGAUCAAGAUGUGGAUGACAGGUAUCAGAAGAGACGGAGAGAAGAUAAAAGGGAUGAUGAGUUGAUUGUAUAUCGGAUACUAUGCCCCGAUAAUGUUAUAGGAAGUGUUAUUGGUAAAAGUGGUAAAGUUAUUAACACAAUUAGAGAAGACACUAGGUCAAAAAUCAAGGUUGUAGACCCAUUUCCUGGUGCUAAAGAAAGGGUGUUAACUAUAUAUUGCUAUGUUAGGGAUAAGGAUGAUGUUGAGGUUGAUGAUGAUGAUGAAGACAUGGAACCUCUUUGUGCUGCACAAGAUGCCCUUUUAAGAGUUCAUGGUGCCAUUGCACAUGCUUUGGCUACUGUUAGAGGUGUUGAUAAUAAAGGAAGAGAUAAAGAACAGGCUCACAUUCUUGUUCCAACUAGUCAAGCUGCUAAUAUCAUUGGAAAAUCUGGUGCAACAAUCAAUAAAUUGAGAAGUAAGACAGGGGCAUACAUCAAAGUUUCACCCAAGGAUACUUCGGAUCCUACUCAUUCAUGUGCAAUGGAGUUUGACAACUUUGUUUUGAUCACAGGUGAUCCUGAAGCGGUGAAGAGGGCCCUGUUUGCGGUUUCUGCGAUCAUGUACAAGUUCUCUGCAAAAGAAGUAGUCCCCCUCGAGGUUACGGUACCUGAAGUUACCCCAAGUAUAAUCAUUCCAUCAGAGUUAUCUAUUUAUCCUGGUGGUGGAUUUUACCAGACUGCAGACUCUCUCGUUCCUCCUAGAUCUGUUUCCUCUUUCCUUGGUGCUUCACAGCAUUUGCCCGAGCUUCAUGGAUUCACAGACACUGGAAGUAGCUGGCCAGCUUAUUCACCCGGACUUCCUGUAGUAUCUAGCUAUGGUGGUUCAUCACGAACUGAGGAAUUAAAAAUAAGAUUGCUGUGCCCGCGUGACAAAAUUGGCCGUGUUAUUGGCAGGGGAGGGAGUACAAUUAAAAGUGCCAGGCAGGAAACAGGUGCUAAUAUCGAGGUAAAUGAUGCAAAGGAGGUUCGUGAAGAGUGCCUUAUUACUAUUCUUUCGACAGAGUCCCCAGAGGAUCUUAAGUCCAUGGCAGUUGAAGCUGUUUUAACUCUGCAAGGAAAGAUAAAUGACAUUGAUAAUAGUGAUAGUGAUAUAAGCAUUCGCCUGCUAGUUCCAUCUAAGGUUAUUGGAUGCAUUAUUGGCAAAAGUGGUUCGAUCAUCAAUGAAAUACGUAAGAGAACUAAAGCUGACAUCCGCAUCUCAAAAAGUGAGAAGCCCAAGUGUGCCGACAGCAGGGAUGAACUUGUUGAGGUUGCUGGAGAGGUCGCUAAUGUGAGAGAUGCACUUGUGCAAAUCGUUUUGAGGCUGCGGGACGAUGCCUUAAAGGAUAAAGAAGGCAGUCGAAACCUUCCUACUGCUGAUUCUAUAUACCGAGGCAGUGGCGGUUUGUCGUUACCUUCAGUCUUACCAAGUGUUUCCCAAGUUUCUUCAUUGGGUUUUGACCAGAGGGUAGAAAAUGGAAGUGGCCUAGGCAUGCUGUCCUCCAGCAAUAACCUCUUUGCGUAUGGAUCCUUACCGGUUGGAGAGAGUGCCUACGGAUCUUUUUCUUCAUAUUCAGCUAAGCCAUUUUCGGGAUUGGCGCAACGUUCAGCUCUGGAAAUAUUGAUCCCUUCAGAUGCGGUCGGUAAAGUGAUGGGCAGACGUGGGGCAAACUUAGCGAACAUUAUGAGGAUUUCUGGAGCAUUCAUAGAGGUUCUGGAUUCCAAAUCCUCGCGAGGGGAUCGUGUGGCUCAGAUCUCUGGCACACCAGAAGAGAAGCGUUCAGCAGAGAACUUAAUUCAAGCAUUCAUAAUGGCUACCUGAGGUUUAUUAAUGCUUCCUCCUUAUUAUACGAAGGUGAUCUGUAGUGUUAAUUUUGGAGCUCUCAACUCUCGAGCUUUCCUCUUCGUAAUUCCUUUUAGAUUGCUCCAUGUGAAAUUUGUGUCCUAGGCUUCCUUCAGUAGGAGCUUCCAUUCUUUCAUCCUCCGCACAAGCUGAGUGGCGAUUGUCUUUGAAGAUUCAGCCGGCUUACCUUUUGGAAUCUAGUAGUAGUUUCUGCGUUGCUAAUUCUGUUCUUCGUCACCAGCAUCUUAGAACUUUAUUUAGGAUCUUUCUUCCCUGUAUUGGUGCUUUAUCUUGCCGUACAUCUUGGUUCCAGUUGUUUAGUGCCUAAAAAUAUGCAAUCACCUGAAUAACCUCGAUUUGAUUCAAAAACGGGUACUCACAGAUAUAUGUUUAUUUUUCUCGUCACUCUAACUAAUCCUUGGCUUUUGGUGAGUAUUGUUUCUUCUCUAUCAACAUUGUAUGGUGAUUAUCUCUCUUUUUUUGUUAUUCUGAUUCCUUCACCUGUAGCCCAACUUAAGAAAAUAGGGUAACUUGCUGAAUCUAGAAUGACACAAAGUUGGAAUCUGGCUUCAAAACUCUAUGUGCUAUCCUGGCUCCCUCUUGUAGAUCCCAUUUCAGUUUGAGGGGAACCAAUCACAAAAAAACUGGAUGUUGAAAUCUGCUGAUUAUAGAGUUUUUUCUUAUCUAUAUGAUGUUUGAUGUCUCUUCAUUGAGCAGGAUAUCUCGAUUUGGGCUUAGCCAAUUUCCUGCGAAUCAUUAAUUCUUAGCCUUUUCAAUUGUAUAGUCCAUUGUACAGCUUCUGUGUUUCAGUUAAAGAACCUUUCGAAUACUGCAUUUUUGAUGUGUUCGUCUGUGUAUUUGUGCUUGAUAUAUGCACUUCUAGGUUUGCUUCAAAGCUUGUCUUUGUCCUACAUGAUUAACCAAAAUCUAACUCUGUUACUUAGUGUACUCAAGAAGCAGCUAAUCCAUUCUAUUUAUUUUAUGGUUAGGUCAAUGAGCCAGAUCAGAUCAUUUUUG